AUGGUCUCCAAGGGCAUGGUCAAGGAUGCCAAGAUGCCAACAAAAUUGAGCGGAUCAAGCGUGUGUCAGGGUUGUCUAGAAGGAAAAAUGGUUCAACGACCGUUCCCAAGCAAUCCAAACAAGCGCCACUACGAUCCGUUUGAGCUUCUACACAUCGACACUUGUGGUCCAAUGGAAGUCGACUCGCUAGGUGGAAGCAAGUACUUGCUACUGAUCGUCGAUGAAAGCAGCGGAUGUAUGAAGGGUUUCAGUCUGCGCGCCAAGUCCGACAGCGAAGAGUGCAUCAAGAAGUACAUCAUGGCAGUACAGACGCAGUUUGACUACAAGGUCAAGUUCGUUCGACACGAUGGUGCACGACAAUUUGCGGCGAAUUCGCUUAAGGCAUUUUACGAUGAUCAAGGAAUCGAGCAGCAAGUUACCGUUCCGUAUGCGCAUCAGACCAACGGCACGGCGGAACGGGCAAUUCGGACUAUUGUGACGAUCGGGCGCAGCAUGCUUCACUACGCCAAGCUGGACAUAUGUUUUUGGGCUGAAGCAGCAAUGAAGGCGAUCUACAUCAAGAAUCGCCUACCAUCGCCCAAGUGCCAAGAUCAAACCCCGUUCGAGAUCGUCAACGGAUUUCGACCAAGUGUGAAGCACAUGCGGGUUUUCGGCUGCCGAACGUUUGUGCUGACCCCUAAGGAAAAGAGAUCGAAAUGGGAUCCGAAGGCUCGUGAAGGACUAUUCAUGGGGUACGAAGAAGUGUCAAAGGCAUAUCGCGUUUACGACAUUGAAGCGGACCAAGUUGUGAUAUCUCACAAUGCCACAUUCGACGAAUCAACGCUUGGUUUCUCGCCGAUGCUACCACAAGAAAAUGUUGAUGACACUGCGCUGGAUAUCGAAUCGAUGAUCAUCAGCGAUGAGCCUCACCCCAUGCAGUUCAAGCAAAAUGGAAAACGCAAAAGCCGUUCAAACAGUCAAGAACAAGUUCUACAACGGACACUUCUUAAGAGUCGUGGAGCCGGGUUAGAAGAAGCAAGUACCAUAGAUGACUCUGUGUUAAUAGGUGAAAAGCUUGACGACCGAAACUGGGAGUGA